AUGAAGAAAUCUUCCACAAUCUCCUUCUUCCUCUUUCUUCUCCUUAUUCCUCUCCUAGCUUCAUGCUCAGAAAAACAGGUUUACAUAGUAUAUUUUGGAGAGCAUAGCGGAGAAAAGGCAUUGCAGGAGAUAGAAGAUGAUCAUCAUUCGUAUUUGAUGUCCGUUAAAGAAACUGAAGAAGAAGCUAAAUCCUCUCUUCUAUACAGUUACAAGCGCAGCAUCAAUGGCUUCGCGGCGCUUCUCACCCCUGAACAAGCCUCCAAGUUAUCCGAACUUGGGGAAGUGGUUUCGGUGUCGCGGAGUGACCCGAACAAGUACUCCACGCACACGACGAGGUCGUGGGAGUUUUCGGGCUUGGAAGAAGGCGAGGGACAUGGAAACCAUUUCUUCAAGAUGGGUGGAGACCUGUUGCCCAAAGCUGGAUAUGGCAAGGACAUCAUAAUUGGCGUCUUGGACAGUGGUGUGUGGCCAGAAUCAAAGAGCUUCAGGGACAAAGGAAUGGGACCCGUUCCCAAAUCAUGGAAGGGAAUCUGUCAAACAGGAACUGCUUUUAAUUCAUCCCAUUGUAAUAGGAAGAUCAUAGGAGCUCGCUACUACCUUAAAGGUUUUGAGAAACAAUUUGGCCCUCUUAACACCACCGAGGACUAUCCCUCACCCCGUGACAAAGAUGGCCACGGGACUCACACCGCCUCGACUGUCGCAGGCCGAACCGUCCCCAACGUCGCCGCCAUCGGCGGCUUUGCCCACGGCACGGCCUCAGGGGGUGCACCCUUGGCCCGGCUCGCCAUAUACAAAGUGUGCUGGGCGUUGCCAGGCAAGCCUAAAGUCGCCGGCAACGUAUGCUUAAUGGAGGACAUGCUAGCGGCCAUUGACGACGCCAUCGCCGACGGCGUCCACGUCAUCAGCAUAUCGAUCGGGACAUCGUCGCCUGUCAACUACACCGACGAUGGCAUUGCCAUUGGAGCAUUGCACGCUACGAAGAAGAACAUUGUUGUGUCUUGUAGUGCCGGCAACAGCGGCCCGACACCGGGGACUUUGUCGAACCCGGCACCGUGGAUCAUCACCGUCGGAGCUAGCAGUGUAGACAGAGAGUUUAUUGCGCCUGUUGUGCUUGGAAAUGGCAAGAGAGUUGAGGGACAAACCGUCACACCAAGUAAGCUAAAUCCAAAGAAGAUGUACCCUCUGGCCUAUGCGACCGAUUUAGCUGAACCGGGAGUGUUAAGAGAUAAUGCAAGUCUUUGCCUGCCGGAUUCUCUGUCACCGAAAAAGACCAAGGGAAAGAUAGUAUUGUGCAUGAGAGGCAACAACUCAAGAGUUGGAAAAGGCUUAGUCGUGAAGAGUGCUGGUGGAGUUGGUUUCAUACUAGCAAACACCCGAGCAAACGGAGCUGAGAUACCUUGCGAUCCUCACCUUCUUCCAGCUACGGCGGUGACUUACAAAAAUGCCAUGAGAAUUCUUGAGUACAUCAACUCGACCAAAUGGCCACGGGCAAAUAUCUUACCGGGAAUGACGGUGUUGCACACCAAGCCAGCACCUUUCAUGGCCGCUUUCACUAGUAGGGGUCCAAACGUCAUAGAACCAAACAUUCUCAAGCCGGACAUAACAGCUCCAGGACUGAACAUAUUGGCAGCAUGGACUGAGGAAGAUUCACCUACAAAGCUGCCGAAUGAUCCUCGUAUUGUCAAGUAUAACCUAGUCUCAGGAACUUCAAUGGCUUGCCCUCAUGUUGCAGCCACCGCAGCACUUCUUAAGGCCAUUCAUCCUACUUGGAGCAGUGCUGCCAUAAGAUCUGCUAUCAUGACCACAGCCAUACAGAAAAACAAUCUGGGUUUGCCAUUCAACGAGGAGGAUGGCAACUUAGCAAACUCCUUUUCAUAUGGCUCUGGCCACUUCCGCCCUGCGAAGGUGGCCGAUCCUGGCCUUGUCUACGAUGCUUCAUACACAGAUUACCUUCUCUACUUAUGCAGCAUUGGUGUAAAGGUCGUUGACUCAUCAUUCUCCUGCCCAGUAAAACCGCCUACAGCCAUGGACCUCAACUAUCCUUCACUGGCCAUCUCCAAACUCAAUGGCACGGUGACUGUCAAAAGGACCGUCACAAAUGUGGGUCAACCCAAGAGCACUUACUUCUUCAGCUCCACGCCUCCAUCCAGGGUGUCAGUGAAGGCGAAACCAAGUAUCUUAUUCUUUAACCAUGUUGGCCAGAAGAAGAGCUUCACAAUAACAGUUGAAGCAACAAGUGAGAAACCAGUAACGAGCAAGAAUGAUGAGAAAGAGGAAGAGUAUGCUUUUGGAUGGUAUUCUUGGACUGAUGGACCCCAUAAUGUUAGGAGUCCCAUCGCAGUGUCCUUAGCCUAGUUGUUUUCAACGGUUUACAUCUUUUCUUUUGUGUUCUUUACAACCCCCCCCCCCCCCCCCCCCCCCCACACCAAAUUUAGUAUUAUGGGGACAUAGAGAAAGAGAUAAGGAAUACCCAGCACAAAGUGUCAGGGUGUCCUCAUUAGGAUGAAAACAAUAAUUAUAUACGCCUAUCCAAUAUUAGUUCCUCAACAUUUUCCUCUCUUUCUAAAGCUCUGCUUAU